AUGAUGGCAGAGAGACCUGAGGACCUAAACCUGCCCAAUGCUGUAAUCACCCGGAUUAUUAAAGAGGCGCUCCCUGAUGGGGUGAACGUCUCCAAAGAAGCCCGCAGAGCCAUCUCACAGGCGGCCAGUGUCUUUGUGUUGUACGCCACCUCAUGUGCAAACAACUUUGCGAUGAAGGCAAAGAGGAAGACUCUGAACGCGGGCGACGUGAUGUCGGCGAUGGAGGAGAUGGAGUUCGAGCGCUUCAUGGAGCCACUCAGGGAGGCUCUGGAAGUUUACAAGAAGGGUCAGAAGGGAAAGAAGGAGGUGUCCGAGCAGAAACGAAAAGACAAGGAGAAAAAGGACUGUGAAAAUGAGCUGGAGGAGGAGGAGGAGCAGAGAAUCGAGGAGGAAAAUGAGGAAGAGGAGGUGGAGAACUGA